UCUCGUUCUCUUUCCCUUUGACCUUCGUGUCGUUGGCGAGUUGUCCGUCGUAACUUUAAAAGGUAUAACAAAGCACAAUGUCUGGAGGUCUAGAAGUUUUGCAGUUGAAGGAAGAAGAUGUUGUCAAGUUCCUCACUGCUGGUGUCCACUUGGGUGCCAAUAAUGUCAAUUUCCAAAUGCAAGAUUAUGUUUACAAAAGAAAAAAUGAUGGUGUCCAUCUCAUCAACUUGAAGAAAACCUAUGAAAAGCUUCUCUUGGCUGCUCGUAUCAUUGUAGCCAUAGAGAACCCAUCUGACGUCUGUGUCAUUUCUGCCCGUCCUUAUGGUCAGCGUGCCAUUCUUAAGUAUGCAGCCCAUACUGGAGCUACSCCYAUUGCUGGUCGCUUCACCCCUGGUACUUUCACCAAUCAGAUUCAGGCUGCCUUCAGAGAGCCACGUCUCCUGAUUGUCUGUGACCCAAGGAUUGACCAUCAGUCCAUCACAGAAGCAUCCUAUGUSAACAUCCCUGUCAUUGCUUUCUGCAACACUGACUCUCCAGUUCGCCAUGUUGAUGUUGCUAUCCCAUGUAACAACAAGGGUGUCCACUCCAUUGGUCUAAUGUUCUGGCUCUUGGCUCGCGAGGUCUUGCGCAUGCGUGGUAGCAUUAGCCGACAGCUGCCAUGGGAAAUCAUGCCAGAUCUGUACUUCUACAGAGAUCCGGAAGAGGCUGAGAAGGAAGAACAAGCUGCUGCUAUGGCUCAUCAACAUGAGGAGCAGUACACAGGCGGUGGUGAAUCAUGGGGUGGUGCUGCUGUGACUGCUGGAGUACUUCCAGACCAACCUGCUGCACCUGAGGUCGACUGGGCAAGUGGUGGAAUCACUGAUUGGGGUGCUGAAACAUCUGCACCUACUGCUCCUCAACCUUUUGUAGCCCCUACAUCUGGAGGGGACUGGGACAAGGUUACUCCUUCUGGUGAUUGGGGAGCAGAGACUGAAUUACAGAACCAAGGAGACUGGGGAACAUCUGUCACUAUGCAAGACCAGCCUAGCAAACCAUCAAAUGAUUGGGCAUAAACACACACUUGUUGUAUGAUGUGAAACCAGUGAAAUAAAAAAAGAUUUGAUCA